CAGGGGUCGAUUCGUAGCUCCUGGCCCCCGCCUCUUCGCUGGUCGUUACUAAGUUCACUCUCCCCGCUCCAAGAGCUUGAUCGUACCUCUUCUUAUCAGGAAAAAUGAAAGAGCUGUAUAUUAGAGAGUCAGAGAUGUCCAGCAGAACUCUGGUGGUGGUGGCCCUUAACACCUAACAACAACCAUUUAAAAGUGCCUUAUUGUCCGUGAGGGGUUCUUGAUCCAAGGAACUGGACUUGUCCUUCCCUUUCCUUGGACCAAGCAUGAAUGCUUACCAGUCCCAAGACGCUGUAUGGGCUCUUCUACUCUAGUGCUUCCUCCUGAUUAAAAUAAGACGCCAUGGCUCCCCAGGACCCCCCACCUGCUGAUCAGCAAAUAACCAUAGAAACCUCAAGGAAACAAGAGUUGAAACGUGAACAGCGUCUGCAACGUGCACAACGCCUUAAGAAUCUCUUUACACUUGCACACCUGCAGCAUGAGGAAUACAGGAGGCAGCACGAGGGGAAGCUGAAGCAAAUCCCACCGGGGACAGAUCCUGAUCUACUGGAGCUACUGAAGCAUCUGUGUCCUCCUUUUGAAGAACUAAUUUUAGAUAACCAGAUGAAACUGCUGAAUAGGCAGGUUGUUAGAUGUGAAUAUUAUCUGCUUGAGCCAGGUUCAAAAGUCAUCUACAGUGAACAUCCUGGUCAAGACAUCUUUCAGGUAGUGCUAGAAAGACCGGCUAAUAUGAAACCAUAUAUUAAUCAUGUUCGUUCUAAUCCAGGACCACCAUAUAAAUCCAUAUUCUCUCCCGGAGUUCCUUACGCUUUAAAUGUUAAAGCUCCCCAACACUUGGUGGAGAAAUGUUCCUUACCCCUUGCCACUUUAGAUGUAAGGGGUAUCGCCAAAAAGAGAUCACUUCUAAAACUAGUUGAGGAGAGAAACAAAGGUGUCACUUUGUCUUUGUUGAAUGACUUGCAGGUUAACGAAUCACCACCUGGCAAAAGUGUCACUUCCUCUUCAGUUGUACUUAAUUGUCAGCAUGGCAAACCAUUAGCAGAUAAAUCUGCUGGAGGUGAUUGUGCAUCAGGAAAUUGCUUAUCUUGUGAUGCAUGUGAUCCUUUCUUUAUAAAGAAAAGAAAAAGAAAAAGAAAGAGGAAAAAUAAGAAUGGGCAGCUCUCUACAUUGAAGCAGCCAGAGUUCAGUGGCGGGAGAGAAUUAUCUAAUAAUAGAGAAUCAAAAGAUUUGAAAGGAAAGAACAAGAGUACAAAAAAUGUUGUGUUACCACCUAUCACUCCUCCUCCUCCUAAAUCUCCACCCUUAUUAAUUGAUUUAACUGGUUUUUCGCCUAAAUCUCCUCCUGUAUUGAUUAAUUUAUCUGAUUUAUCAUCUCUCGACUCUCCUUUUUUGUUAGCUACCACAAGUAAAGAGACCCCCAUGGCAACUACUAGUAAAGCCAGUUCAGAGAACAGGACACAUUUGGAAAAUCUUAAUGAUAUUGAAAAAGGGUCUAAUCAGAUAACAGAGUUCCAAACACAGACAAGCACUUUAAAAAGGGGCUUCCCAUUCAGAAAAUCUGAAUGCAAUGCUAGCAAGAAGGCUCGACUCAACAUAGAGAGUACAUCAUCAUUUUCCCUGCAAGACAUUUCUUCAUGCUCAGAAGCUAAAGAGUUUUCACCUUUUAGAACACCAGCCAAAGCAAGUUUAAAGAGACAAAAAGAAAAUGACUCGGCAACUAAAGAAAAAGCAAAUGAAGAAGUAAAUAGAACGGAGCAUCAGAUUGUUAAUUCAGAGCUUCGAGAAGACAAUCAGUACAACUCUAAUACACCCAUACAACAAGAGCAUGUGGAAGAGUUGUCAAAAUGUAUGCCUGACGAUAAUGAAGUCAUUCAUCAACUGAAGAACCCAAAAUCAAGAUCUGUAAUUGCAGAACUAACUCAAAAAGAAGAAGUAAACUUCAGAAAUACCCCAGUGUCACAAGCUAUUGAAACAUCAGUAAGAUACGAUCCAGGUGGGCAAAACAUUUCUCCAUCAGACUCUCCUCGAAGUUCAUCUGCCAGUACUGAAAUACUGGAGGCUGCAGGGAAGGAAUGUCUUGAAGAGAUUGUGUCUAAAUUGAUGUGUUAUUUUGGACGAGCAUCGUCAGAGAUCAGUGAGCUGUUGAAGAAGAACAGCUUUAAUCUUCUUACCACAAUCCAAGAACUUCAAGAACUUGACUCGUUUGGCGAGGUGCAAGAACCUCACUCGGAUGCUGAGAUGCAAGAACCUCCCUCACAGGCUCAGGUGCAAGGACCUCACUCAGACGCUGAGGUGCAAGAAGCUCACUCAGACGCUGAGAUGCAAGAACCCACCUCACGGGCUAAGUCACAAGAGCCUCACUUGGAGGCUGGGGCACAAGGGCCCUGCUUGGAGGUCGAGGCACAAGACCCUCACUCAGAUGCUGGGGCACAAGAGCUUCUCUCAGAAACUAAGAGACGAAUUGAAAAAGUUACAGCCACUGGUGCUGAUAAUUCUGAGACAAAGAGAAAAUGGAUAUGCUCGCAGAACUCAAGACUAAGUGAAGAAUUUAACAGUGCUUCAGAGGCAAAUAUAAUUGAACCACCUAACUUGAGUUACCAAGUGAGUACUGUGUAUAUAUCGUCUGCUGAUAUAGACAGUGUGUGUAGUGUUUUUACACCACUAUGCACAUCCACCCAGAGAGAGGAAGAUGAUGUUAUCCAAAAACUUUUGAAAGAUACAAAUAAUACUUUAACCACUCCAGUGUCAGGAGGAACAGAAGAGCCAGUGGUGAAUUAUUCCACAGGGCAAGAGAUUCCAUCAUGCUCACUUGACAGUGAUUCUUCUGCCAGCAUUGAACUGUUGCAACCUAGGGGAAAAGCUUGUCUUCAGAGUACUGUUUUUGUGCUGCAGUUUUGGUUUACAGGGACGCUUGUGGAGAAGCUUGAAAUUUUGAUAAAGAAUAAAUUCAAUAUUGUUAGCACAAUCCACGAGCUUCAGACCCUUUACGCUGAGGUAGAGGGCGCACCAGGUAAUACUGAAAGGGAACCAAGAAGUUCAGGAGAGUAGGCAAGGUCCUAAGUAUUUGUAACUAUCUGGUGUACGCACCUAUUUGUACUCACUUAUUUGUGGUUGCAGGGGUCGAGUCCUAGCUUCUGGACCCGCCUCUUCACCUGUUGCUACUGGGUCCUCUCUCUUCCCGCUCCAUGAGCUUUAUCAUACCUCGUCUUAAAACUAUGUAUGGUGUGUGUGUGUGUGUGUGUUGUAAUAUAUAUGUGGUUGCAGGGUUCAAGUCACAGCUCCUGGCCCUGAGUCAUUGGGUGUAUUUGUCUCUUUAUACUUGUGUGCUUGUAUGUACUAACCUAUAUGUGGUUGCAGGGGUUGAUUCAUAGCUCCUGGCCCCACCUCAGUGUGUAUUCACCUAAUUGUACUCGUCUAAUUGUGGCUGCAGGGGUCAAUUCACAGCUCCUGGCCCUGCCUCUUCACUAGUUGCUACUAGGUCUACUCUCACCUUGCUCCAUGAGCCUUAUCAUACCUCUUCUUAAAGCUAUGUAUGGAUCCUACAUCCACUACAUCACUUUCCAGACUAUUGCACUUCCUGACAACUAUCAUUAAAGAAAUACUUCCUAACAUCCCUGUGACUCAUCUAAGUCUUCAGCUUCUAGUUGUGACCCCUUGUUGCUGUGUCCCAUCUCUGGAACAUCCUGUUUCUGUCUACCUUGUCAAUUCCUCUCAGUAUUCUACAUGUCAUUAUCAUGUCCCUCUAUCCCUCGUGUCCUCCAGUGUGUGUGUGUGUGUGUGUGUGUGUGUGUGUGUGUGUGUGUGUGUGUGUGUGUGUGUGUAUGUGUUUGUGUUUGUGUGUGUUCAUAUUCCUGAGUAUUGAUUAGAGCUGUGAGUGUGAUUUUUGUGCCAAAGUUGUAAUUGAUAAUUUGUUAAUUAAUAAUUUGAUAAUUGAAGAAUACACUGUGAGACCCCUCUUUAGUUCACCAAUAUUUUUGCAUGGACAGUACAAACAAUUGUGAUUGUGUUGACAUUUUUGUCUUGUUUCAAGCAUUUAUUUAGUGAUAAAUUCUUUAAACAAAAAUUUUGGCUUGAGUAUAUGCCUAAGCCUUUGGUUUUGUGUCAAGUUUUACAUAAAUUGCAUGAGAAAUAUUGUAAGAAAAAUUAUGGACUGGAGUAUAUUCCUAAGCCUUUGGUUUUGGGCCAAGUUUUUACACAAAGUGCACGAGAUAUAUUAACAGCACACAUUUUGAACUGUUAACACGCACAAAAAAAAAAAAAAAUUGUUCGUGUUUUUUCUUUCAAAAAGAACACGCACAAUUUUUUUUACGUUGAAAAUGUUUAUAAUUUUUUUUUUAAAUAAUGAAGAACAAUUAUUAGUUUGAUAUGCUCUAUUUACUACAGUCGUGGCAUUUCAUGUAUAGCUGGUUUUCCUAAUGCGCAUUACAGUAGUAUUUUAAAUUAUAAAAUAAAAAAAAGGUCUGCAAUGAUAUUAUUUUUUUACUUGUUUAAUGCUACAGCUAUUUCCCACCAAAGUAAGAGUAUUAUUAAAUUCAACCCUCUCAUAAUACAUUAGUUGUGUUUGUGAAAUUUUGGAUGUUGUGUAAAAAUAGCAUGUAAUGUGAAAAAUGUGGGAAAAAUAGGGGUGUCAUGUUUUAGACACCUCCAAAUUUGCCAAAUACAUUUUUAUUUGCCAUUGUACAGUGCUAGGUAAAAAUUGAAUGAAGUAUAUAACUGGCUUCGCAUUCUGUUAGUCAUUACCUAAAAUAUUUAACCCUUAAACAGUCCAAACAGAUCGACGUUCAAAUUCAUAGUGCUACAAAAGUAGAUCUACUUUUUUUUAUAUAUUUUCAAAUAUAAAAAAAAAAGUAGAUAAAAGUUUUUUUUACACAUUUUCAAAUGUAAAACAAAAAAGAAGAUCUACAUUUUUUUACAUGCUUUCAGAUGUUGAAAAAACGUAUAUAUACGUUUGGACCAUUUAAGGGUUAAAGAGUGUGGGAGGAAGGGGGGGCAAACUUGUUCCAACUAGGUUGAGUCAGAUGCAGAAAUUUUAAUUAAUAUAAAGCCUCUUCUCACCCAAUGACUGAGUUCCGUUCCUAAGACCUCAUAGGUAAACGAAUUCGUCGGUAAGUGAGGAGCACAUUAUAAUGGUAGUGGGUUUGUGUCAACUAUCUUUGAUAUUGUUUUAGUGCCACCUUUGCACCAUUUAUAGCAUUUCUGGUAUAUUUUUAAAUGUUUAUACAGUAGUGUAUUGUAAUAAACAGAAUAGAGGAAAUCAGCUCUAGCAUACAUUAUUUAGGUAUGAAUACUGGUCAGAGAGCCUGUCUUAAGUCUGAGUCGUCGGUAAACGAGUACAUCACUAAGUGGGAAGAGGUUGUAUAUAUGUUAAUGAAUCAGAACAGCACUACAAUGCAGCAUACAGAACUGAUGUGUAGAGGCAGGCAACAGCUGGACUGUCUUGAGAAGGGAAAAGAGAUAGUUAAUAUGUAGUGUGGGAAGGUAGUGGUGUACAAAGGUAGUGGUAGAACAGACCAGAGAUUAUUAUUUACCUAAACAUUCCAGUACAACCAUCAUCUACUGAUGUCUUGGCACCCACAUCAAUAUAUAACCACAGACAUCCAUACACAAAUAACCCGCACAUAGGAGUAAGAAACUCAUGACGUUUUGGUCCGACUUGGACCAUUAACUUUAUUUUCUUAUUAACAUAUUGGCUGUCUCCCACCAAGGCAGGGUGGGAGACCAUUAACUAGUGUGAUUAAUUAGUGGUCCGAGUUGAACUGACACGUUGACAUAGGUUUCUUUUUUCUGUGUGUGGGUUAUUUGUGUAGUGUUUCAGUCAUGGUAUUGUGCCUUUUCAUUCUUCACAGACAUUCAUCUCAGCCCAUGAGGGCCAUAUCAACCUUCUCCUAACAUUUCCAUGUCAAGCAACAACACCUAGAAUGUAAGAUAAAAUGUAGCAGAUUUUUUAUUUAACACUGGCCAUCUGCCAAGGCAGGGUGACCUUAUAAAGAAAACACAUUCAUCAUCAUUCAUCAGAUUUUACAGUUGAAAUGACCUCUCUAAAUUGCAAUAUCUCCACACCAUCAGAGUGCGUGCAUAGUACUUCUCGACUCCAGGACUAAAGUCUGGUUUAUCUGUUUCUAAAAUGUUGCCUGUCUUACAUUCUAAAAGUGCUUAAAGCCAUAAAAACUACUUGCCUCCACUUUGAUCUAACAUACUUGAACAAGCCUGCUAAAUGCUCAAGAUGCUGGCACUAAAAAUCUCCUGUACCCUCUCUAUUAACCCUGGAAUGACCCCUGCUCUUAUUUUCACCCCCAGCUUUAUGUACCUUCAUAGUCAUUCUGUUCUGCUUCAUCCUCUCUAAAUGCCCAAAAUACCACAACAACCCAUCCUCAGUCCUGUGAAUUAUACCUUUGAUAACUCCACACAGUCCUUUAAUUUCUUGCUUGUGAGCUCUCUGCAGAACAUUCAUUCCAGUCACUCUUCUGAAAACAGGACAUAUACUUUGUAUUUAUCUUCUGCCUCCUCACUGCAAUCCCUCACACUCAUAUAAAGUGUAGGUGCUUCUACUCUAUAGUUAUAUUUUUUUAUUAUCACACCGGCCGAUUCCCACCAAGGCAGGGUGGCCCGAAAAAGAAAAACUUUCACCAUCAUUCACUCCAUCACUGUCUUGCCAGAAGGGUGCUUUACACUACAGUUUUUAAACUGCAACAUUAACACCCCUCCUUCAGAGUGCAGGCACUGUACUUCCCAUCUCCAGGACUCAAGUCCGGCCUGCCGGUUUCCCUGAAUCCCUUCAUAAAUGUUACUUUGCUCACACUCCAACAGCACGUCAAGUAUUAAAAACCAUUUGUCUCCA